GCAGGAUGUGUCCUGGAGAUUGCAGUAUCUGGAUACGUUGUGCUUUGCAUGGCCAAUUCAUGGAUCGAUGUUGAUAUGCCUUCUCUCCGCAUGAGAGGACUAUCUUCCUAUCACAGACUACAAACAGUAGGAUAUCGUAAAAUAGACCGGGCGGCAUACAACUUCUUACCAUUGGGCAUCGCAUCGCAACGCAUCUUGCUCGAAUCCACGCCGACCCGCCAACCCCCAUGCCCGACUCCAACCACACAGCACGCAUCACGCAUCACGCAUCACGCAUCACGCAUCACGCAUCACGCAUCACGCAUCACGCAUCACGCAUCACGCAUCACGCAUCACGCAUCACGCAUCACGCAUCACGCAUCACGCAUCACGCAUCACGCAUCACGCAUCACGCAUCACGCAGAUCCCCCGCACCGCCCGAAAACAAGCAGGGCAAACACCACAUGCAGUCAUCCCUCCCCCAGCGACACGCUUCGCACGCCCAGCGCCCAGCCCUGCGCCGAGCGCCCAGCGCGCCACGAGCGCCACCACCCAGAACCUUACCAAUCCGCCCGAAUCCCCCAAGCCUUGGGGAUUGCUUGAUCGCACCCCGCAACCGGAUUCCAAAUGCACUCGCAGUGGCAAUCGCGGCCGCGGCAGGUAGGUGCGGCAAGCCACGGGGCAGCGUGUCUGCUGUCUGCGUGCGGACAUACGUCACUGUUUCCACGGGCGUGUUGCAAAGCGCGUUUGAAACGCGAGGGUGCACAGCGCGAAUGUUUCCGCGCGGGGGUGGGGAUGCGCGCUUGGCUGUGUCAUGGCAUGAGGCAUGGGGAGGAGUGCUGGUGCUGCGCUGCUUGGCGGGAGGGCCUGCGUUUUCGUGCGCGGAUGCAAGGACGCUGUGGAGUGAGGGGAGGAGGGUGUUAAGCGGGGUUGCACGGCGGGGUGGUGAGGGUUGUGCGGCGGCUCGUGCGAGGCUUGGGGGCGUGGUGCGGCGUCGUCAGGCGGGUUUGUUGGGCUUGGGAUUGAGGAGGGCUGCUGUACGGGGGCAUGUUUGUUGGUUGUGGUGCUGUUGGCGCAGGCCUGCCUAGAGAUGCCCAGGAGGAAUGUCUCGGUGGGAUCACAGCGGGGUGGAUCUGGGGCCAAGAGGAGGUCGAUUGGACAUGGACGAUUGUCGCGUUGGAGCUCGUGUGAUAUUCUGGAGAGAGGUGUGGCGAUCAGCAUGAAA